CCCACCCAUCCACCUAUCUACGUUCUGGACGUCCCUCGCAACCUUCGACCUCUUCUUUCUUGAUCGAAGAGCGAGAACUAGUUGGGGCAAGAAAGAACGGUAUCAUUCGAUCGUCUUGGCUGUUUCUUUUCCCUUCUCGCGCCAGGACAUUUGGUUUCUUCAUUCGAGGCAUUUUGCAGCCAGUUUCCGUCCUGACCCUUCUUUCAUCACGACAACCAAACGACCCUUUUGUCGGCUCACCUUUCACCCCCGACGUCCUUUUCCCGCCCUCGUCAUUGACCGACCCCCUUUCAAUCAUCUGAAAUUCCAUCUUGGAGGACAGUACUUUCGAGACUCGCCAACGGCAAUACAGCGCGAAGCGAAGCGAUCGUACCAACCAAACCCACAUUCCUGUUCGUAGCACAGACUACGACCCAGCAACACCUGUCAACAUGACUACCAUGGACCUGCGCGUCGGUAACAAAUACCGUAUCGGCCGAAAGAUUGGCUCUGGUUCCUUUGGUGAUAUCUACCUGGGUACCAACAUCAUCUCCGGCGAGGAGAUUGCCAUCAAGCUCGAGAGCGUCAAGGCCAAGCACCCUCAGCUCGAGUAUGAGGCUCGCGUCUAUAAGUCCCUCGCCGGUGGCGUGGGAAUUCCUUUUGUCCGUUGGUUCGGUACCGAGUGUGACUACAAUGCCAUGGUUUUGGACCUCCUCGGCCCCAGUCUGGAGGAUCUCUUCAACUUCUGCAACCGCAAGUUCUCGCUGAAGACGGUCCUUCUCCUGGCCGAUCAGCUCAUCUCCCGCAUCGAGUACAUUCACGCCAAGUCCUUCAUCCACCGUGACAUCAAGCCUGACAACUUCCUGAUGGGCAUCGGCAAGCGUGGCAACCAGGUCAAUGUCAUCGACUUCGGUCUGGCCAAGAAGUACCGCGACCCCAAGACUCACUUCCACAUCCCCUACAGAGAGAACAAGAACCUCACGGGUACCGCUCGCUACGCGUCGAUCAACACUCACCUCGGUGUUGAGCAAUCUCGCCGUGACGAUAUGGAGUCUCUAGGAUACGUUAUGCUCUACUUUUGCCGUGGCUCUCUGCCCUGGCAGGGUCUUAAGGCUGCGACCAAGAAGCAGAAGUACGACCGUAUCAUGGAGAAGAAGAUGACCACCCCUACUGAGGUCCUCUGCCGUGGCUUCCCCAACGAGUUCGCCAUCUACCUGAACUACACCCGCUCUCUGCGUUUCGACGACAAGCCCGACUACAGCUACCUGCGCAAGAUCUUCCGUGACUUGUUCGUCCGCGAGGGCUUCCAGUACGACUACGUCUUCGACUGGACUGUCUACAAGUACCAGAAGAACGCCAGCCAGAUCAAGGCUCAGGAGGAGCAGAAGGAGGCUGCGGGCACUGCUGCUGCCACCAAGCAGACGACUGCUCAGCCUGCUACACGUCGCAACCCCCCCAGGAUCGGUAAUGAUUCUGACCAGCCGAUUCCGCGAUGAUAGGGCUCAUGGCAGGCAGCUGCGCUCCGGAACACAGCGAGGCAACUGAAUGAAUUGUGGCCUUCUCAACUCAAGAUUGUUACACGUAUGGAGACAUUGUUUUUGAUCCCUGAGCGACACUGGAAGACAGUAUGCCAAGGUUGCCGCAGGCUGUCUGCUGGCGUUUACCCCUCAUUUGGUUACAUGUCGCCGCUCAGGGAAAUCUCAUUCUCAAUCGUCUCCAUCCCCCCCUCCCCCCCAGCACUAUUAUCGUUUUUCGACGUCUUCGCGGUUUAUUUCUGGUUAUUUUGUUUCCUCUCGUAUCUCGGGCAGUCCGGUGAGAAGGCCAACCUUUAGGUUCACUGUGGCAUUGGGCCAUGGUGAUUCUGCUGAGGUCCUCAAUCUGGUACUGGCUGAACGGCAAGCCCGGUACUUCCACUGUGGCAGUAUCGAAACGCGAGAGAAAACCAAACCACGUUUAUGAGAAAGCAUUAGCAUCAGCUUCUCAAGAAAACGACCGAGUCGAGCACAACAAAGAUCAUUCCGUAGGAUCGAGGCUGGCUUCAUGCCAUGCUACACAUCUCACCUCUGGUUACGAUCAGCUCCGUCGUUGCGAUAACACGGCUAUCACUUUGGGUUCGCCAACCCGGCGAGUGCCUUUUUCCUUCCUUCCUCUUAAUCACGGUUUUUGUCUUUUUUCCUUAUUUACGUUUUCGAGAUUAUGUGCGUGCGCUUCUGGGGAGGUAAUUUUUGGGGACGAGCUCGUUUUGACUUUACUCUCGCAUGGAAAAUCUCCGGUUCCACCCUCCUUGCUUCCACUUAGGACAGCUCGGUGACCUAGAACGUAAGGAGAAGCAGGAUGACUGAGCGAGCCUAAUCUUGGGCUCAGCUUUGGACUCCUGGCGUGUCCUGUUGUGGAACAAGCACAACAGCAGCAUUGAUUGUGGAGGAGGUUUGUGGGCGGAUGGUUGCGAAUGUCUGUUGCAAGGCGGAAUCAUUGGUCUUGCAGCAAGCAGGCAUGUCAAGGCUGUCAUGUUCUGGUUCAGUUCUUCUCAUUUUCGCACAUUGAUGCCAAACUUCAUGUCCAUGGCAGAUCGUCAUAUCGCUAUCCAUUUUGGGAUGCGGAUUCCUUGUCCUCUUGUCUCUGUCUCUGACAGACGGUGAGGGCCUUGGGGUUUUGAUGGUCGACAGCUAAGAUAUCACAGUCACACAGUCCCUCGUUUCAGCUUAAUCCUCCAUACACGAGAAAUUAUUCAGAUUGUUCCCCUUCACA